CCAACGACGAGUUUAAGCGGGUGGUUGUACGUGCAAGCUUUGGCGCCCCCUUUUGCUUGACGAUGCACAACGAGCACGUCUGUUUGCGUUAUUCGACGAAGCACCGAGUAUUUCAUCUUGUGAGAAAAGAGUCGACCCAACGAAUGGCAGCAGAGCAAGAGAACAAUUGCGCACAAAUCUCCGCUAUCGGGUUUUUCUCGAGGGACGGUGAUAUCGAAAUUCUUCUGAUUUGGCAGGACCGAACAUGGCCUCGGUCGAGCCACACCCGUCCUUCAUCCACUUUGAACAAGCCGCCCACGAUGCCCAGCCGCUCGCGCCGUCUCUCUAGAUUAGACUCUCAAUCUCAAGUCUUGGAGAUAAUGCUCCCUGGCAAUUAAGGUGGCAAAAUGCAAGAAUGAAGAUGAACAUGGCCCUGGCGCUCCAGUGCACGGUACACCAUCUGCACUGAGAAUAAUCUCCCUAUCCCACCCCCUGCACGGUGGGUCCAUCACUCAUUAUCACAGCAUCACACAACAGACAUAUAAACAGCCUCGUCUUCGCGCUGCUCUUGUUCUUCUUUUUUCCCUCAUCAUCAUCAUAAUAUCGAUUGAUCUAAUACACACAGUUAUUACUGUAGCCACUCUUUACCCAAAACCAACUAUCAAUACACUCACUCAUUCUUUUUUUAUCUACUUUACUACUCCAACCAACUCUUUCUUACCAACCAAAUCAAAUCACCUUAAUCCCAAAACACCAUCAAAAUGCAGUUCUUCACCAUCGCCGCUUUCUUCGCCGCCGCCGUUUCGGCCUCCACCUACAGCGCCCUCCCCGUCCCUGAGGAGGCCUGCUCCGUUGUCUACGUGACUGAGACCGUCACCGUGCCAGCUGGUGUCCACACCCCGGUCCCAGUUGCCUCCACCGCGGCCGUCCUCCCUCCCUACCCCACCGCUCAGGCUCCUUACCCCAUCGCUCCCGCUCCUACCGGCUCCGUUCCCUCCGGCGCUGUUGUUCCUUCCGGAGCUCCUCUCCCAUCUGGCACUGCUGCUGCCCCCAAGCCUUCCGGCACUGGCGCCUACCCCGUUCCUCCUAACGAGUUCACUGGCUCCGCCUCUGGAUUCAAGGCUGGCGGUGCCCUCGCUGGUGUGGUUGCCGUUGCCGCUUUCUUCUUGUAAGCGGUGAUGAUGCGUUGAGUGGUCGUUGUGUGUUUGCGUGGCGAAAAGCUUAGUGGUUGUUAGUGAAUUGACCGCAUAGGAUAUCUCGCAAGAUCCGCUUGAUAUCUGAAUCGAAUCACCUUUGCGGAUUGCUGGGAGAUUCGGCGCGUUCUUUGCUCUUUUUGCUGUUUUAGUUCUGCAUAGGUCGGCUGCUGGAUUGGCGGUUGGCUGAAUCGGGCUGUUUUGCGCAUUGCGAAUCAGGUCUGGCGCAGAGGCGUUGUUGGCUGUUGGUGCUGUUGAUGCGAGAGUUGUCUCGCUUGAGUCGGUAGAGAGAUCAUCCUUUGGUGUGGAAGAUAGUGUAUAUACCCAUUUGGAUUCUUGUUCUACCUCAAUAUUGUUCUCCAUCUUUGCAUGUAUGUGACGUCUUAAACGUGUUUCAACCAAUGCGUUCCUACAAACGAACCGG